GCAGAUCUUUGCGCGUGCGCUGUGCGUCGCUGCUGUGACUGGAAAGUUUUUUUUCUAUCACUCUUUAUGUGUUUUUUGUCGCAUUUAUCAGUCGAUAAUGUCGCAUUCUGGCGAGGACAGACUUUUCCUGAAGCGUAUCGGAUGACAAGAGGAGACCUAGAAGGACGGACAUGGCCGUAGAAGCGGCUCGUUAUUACCGAGCUGGCGAUUUGCGAAUCGGGGCUCAGUUUUUACCGAAGCUGGACGACCGAGUUGGUGCCUUCGGAGGUUGCCGACUAACCAGGUUAAUCUAACCGGCUCCAGUGAACCUCCACUGGGGGAGACUAUUUGACAUGAGGCUGUAGAGGACAGCUCCCCUCCCUGGAUUACCUUUAUCGGUCACCACCACCAUCAUCACCACCAUGGCUGACCAAAACCAUUACUGGACGGUGCUACCGAGCUACAAAACUAGUUUUGUUACCGGGGCCAUGAUGAAAAGAACCAAAGGUGCCCGUAACAACAAGAGGAGGAGUUUGGCGGUCGGGACCCCUUCGCCCACCCUCUCACGACCGCUUUCACCUCUCCCACUCACUACAGCUGGCAGCAGUCCUUCAGAAAGCCCAAGAAAUGUCUCCGCUAGCAACUCUGCCAACUUCCAGUUUGCCCGCAGCCAUCUGGCCCGCACUGAGAGCAGAGGAGAUGGCCGAAGAUGGUCUGUGGCAUCGGUUCCCUCCUCGGGAUACUGCACCAAUGCACCCAGUUCGUCAGUAUCUUCAUCCUCCUCCCAGGAGCUUUUGCACCAGCUGCCUCUCCAGCCGACACAAGAUGAUCUCCACUUCCUGUUUAAACAUUUCCGGAGCACGGAAAGUGUGGCAGAUGAGGAAGGACCACACACUUCACCCACUGUCAGGGUCCGCUCGCGCAGCCUCAGCCCUGGACGAACCUGUGGAACAUUCGACAAUGAGAUUGUCAUGAUGAAUCAUGUCUAUAAAGAACGAUUUCCCAAGGCAACAGCGCAGAUGGAGGGUCAACUUCUGGACAUUAUUGAAGAAUGCUCGCCUGGAACUGCUCUACCCCUGGGCGAUGGUGUGCUUGGGUUCAUCCAGCACCAGCUGGUGGAACUGGUCCGAGACUGCCUGGAUAAGUCCCAGAAAGGCUUGGUCACAUCUUGCUACUUUGUGGAGCUGCAGGAGAAGCUGGAGAAGCUUUUGCAUGAGGCGUAUGAACGUUCCGAGAGUGAGGAAGUGACCACCAUUACAAAACUAGUGAAGAAAAUUCUCAUCAUCAUCUCCAGGCCUGCCAGGCUUCUGGAAUGUCUGGAGUUUGAUCCUGAGGAGUUCUACCAGCGUUUGGAGACUGCGGAAGGUCAAGCCAAGGUGAGCCAGGGGAUCAAGACGGAUAUUCCCAGAUACAUCAUCAGUCAGCUGGGACUCACCAGGGAUCCUCUUGAAGAGAUGGUCCAACUGGAACAAACAAGCCCAGUUCACAGGUCUGCCAGCAGAGAAUCCGAUGAGUCUGGAGAGGCAACGCCAACCCAGAGCCGGGCAGUUUGCACUCCCCCGCGUAGGAAACCGCUGGAGAGUGACUUUGAAACCAUCAAGCUGAUUAGCAAUGGCGCCUACGGAGCUGUAUUUCUAGUCCGUCACAGGGAAAUGCGACAGCGCUUUGCCAUGAAGAAGAUCAACCGGCAGAACCUGAUUUUGAGAAAUCAGAUCCAGCAGGUCUUUGUGGAGCGAGACAUCCUCACCUUUGCUGAAAACCCAUUUGUGGUUUCCAUGUUUUGCUCUUUCGAAACACGCCGGCAUCUCUGCAUGGUCAUGGAAUACGUAGAAGGUGGUGAUUGUGCCAAUCUUUUGAAGAACAUCGGUCCUCUGCCUGUGGACAUGGCACGCAUGUAUUUUGCAGAAACCGUCCUGGCUUUGGAGUACCUUCACAACUAUGGCAUCGUACACAGAGACCUCAAACCUGACAAUUUGUUAAUCACCUCCAUGGGGCACAUCAAGCUUACAGACUUUGGACUGUCAAAGAUUGGCCUUAUGAACAUGACAACCAAUUUGUAUGAAGGACACAUUGAGAAGGACACGAGAGAGUUCAUCGACAAGCAGGUGUGUGGCACCCCCGAGUACAUCGCUCCUGAGGUGAUAUUGCGGCAGGGCUAUGGCAAGCCUGUCGAUUGGUGGGCUAUGGGCAUUAUCCUCUACGAGUUCCUUGUGGGAUGCGUGCCUUUCUUUGGAGACACGCCAGAACAGCUUUUCGGUCAGGUGGUUAAUGAUGACAUCAUCUGGCCCGAGGGAGACGAUGCUCUACCGGCUGAUGCCCAAGACCUUAUCACCAGACUACUUCGUCAGAGUCCGCUGGAGCGCCUGGGAACAGGUGGAACUACUGAGGUGAAGAUGCACACGUUCUUCCUGGGACUUGACUGGAAUGGCCUUCUGAGGCAAAAAGCGGAGUUCAUACCACAGUUGGAGACUGACGAGGACACCAGUUAUUUUGACACACGAUCCGAGCGAUACGCUCACCUCGGUUCGGACGAUGAUUAUGAAACAAACGACGACGAGUCUUCUCUUGAACUGCGACAGUUCUCCUCCGUGGCCCAUCGGUUCAGCAAGGUGUACAGCAGCACGGAGCACCUGUCCACCUCGACACCGUCCAACCAGAGCUUGUCAUCUUCAGAGCGGAGCCAUAGCGAAGAAAAGGACGAGCGAUGGGAAGGCAGAGGCGGCUUUUCCCCUGGUGACGGACACAAGCACCUGGCCAUCGGAGACAGAACAGAUGGCGUCAGGGGGAGCUUGCGUCCUCGUGCUUCGUCCAGUUCAUCUCAGUCAGAGCGCAGUGCUAGCCCGCUAGUAUUAAAUAGCACUCAGAGCCUUGACUUGAUGCCUCGCUUUGCCAUCGCUGCCGAGGAGGAGGAUGGUAUGGUCUCCAAUCUGCGGCGCAUUCGUCUGCGCAGCAACAGCACAGGCACCAGGCCGUCAUUCCGCAGAGGCGCGUCCAGACGCAUCGCCCACCAACUGGACACCCCAGAAAAACCCAGACCUCCUGCUGGGAAAGUCCCCAAGUCUGCCUCGGUCUCUGGACUCUCCCUCAUUAUUACCCCAGAUGACUCAGCGGGUCCCUCUUCCAGCCCCAAGUCAUCUCUAUCGCUCUCGUCCAACCCGUCGUCAAGAGACUCCUCCCCCAGCCGGGAUCUUUCCAUCAACAUCAGCUGCCUCAGGCCUCCAGUGGUCAUCCACAGCUCCGGGAAGAGGUUUGGCUUCGCUUUGCGAGCGAUCAGAGUCUACAUGGGGGACAGCGAUGUCUACACAGUUCACCACAUGGUUUGGUGUGUGGAGGACGGAAGCCCGGCGCACGAGGCUGGUUUGAGAGCUGGUGACCUCAUCACUCAUGUCAAUGGUGAAUCUGUACAAGGUCUUGUCCAUACUGAGGUGGUAGAGCUUCUGCUUAAGCAGAGUGGCAACCGGGUGACCCUCCAGACCACCGCUUUGGAAAACACUUCCAUCAAAGUGGGGCCUGCCAGAAAGACGAGCUACAAAGCCAAGAUGGCGCGACGCAGUAAGAAAAGCAAAAGGAGAGAUGGGCAAGACAGCCGACGGCGUAGCAUCUUCAAGAAGCUGUCCAAACAUACGCCCCCUGCACCGAUGCAAAGCAGUCGUAGCUUCUCGUCCGGCUUCCACCAGUCAUCUAGCGACAGCCUCUCUGGCUCUCCCACUCAGUCUCUCUCCCCCGGCCCGUCCACUCCCUGUCGCUCCCCUGCUCCUGACCACUCUGGAGAUUCAAGUUCCUCUCCCUGCUCCAGCUCCCCUAACUCACCGGUACCUCAGACUCGUCCCAGCUCCCUUCACGUGAUGGGCCGCUACACCAAGGCCGGUCGCUGCAAGUCCACCAGCAGUAUCCCGCCGUCCCCACUGGCCUGCAUCCCACCUCCCCAACCUGUGUCUCCACAGUGCUCCCCCUCCUGCCUCCCGAGCCACCCAAAGUCAUUACAGGGCUUUCAUGGUAAAACGCUGUCCCCUCCCACUAUCGCCCGCCAUUCCGUGCGUCCCCGCAGUGCCGAGCCGCCGCGCUCGCCGCUCCUCAAAAGAGUCCAGUCAGCAGAGAAACUAACUGGUGACAAAGCAACAGGCGGGUAUCAUUGUGAGAGGAAAGCCUACAGCACGCGUCGCCAUACCAUGGAGGUGCCUCUGUCUGAGGGCGAGGACGCAGAGGAGGACGCCGCCACCAGCUUCGUCUGCGUGGGCGAACACGGCCGCCAAGGGCUGUACGUCGGGGGCCCAAGAGGCCACCAGGACGUUAUCGGAGGAGGCAAUGAGCACCACCGCUCUGCCGCCUCGCCACAACACCGUGGCGGCAACCACCACUCGUCCGAGGUGGUGGUGAUGAGAAAGCUGGCCCUGUCCGAGCGCCGGGACUCCUUCAAGAAGCAGGAGGCCGUGCAAGAAGUGAGUUUUGACGAUUUGGAUGAGAGGGAGGCCACGCUUCCUCACACUCAGCCCAAGACGUUCAAGGCUUCCUGGGUCAGCUCGGCCCAGUCAGACUCCAAGAUGAAGGUGGGGGGGAAAGCAACACAGCAGAAAGCCAAGUCUAAAGAUGAAGAACAGUUUUAGAUGUAGCCACUUCACAAGGGAUCGAAAUUAACAACCAGUUUGUUCUGGGGUAUCUGUUAAAAA